UAAUCCAAGUAAAGUAUCCAACAACUCAGCACAAGGGGCCAAACCAAAAGUUUCUUACUUUUGCUUCUUCUUCUUCUUCUUCUUCUUAGCAUUUACUCAAACCAAGUCAUUCAUUCAUUCCCACAAUCCCUUUUCGAACUUUUAGUUUUUAGGGUUUCUUCGUCGGAGUUUUUUUUUGGUGGAUUUUUCUCUGUUUUAUGGUCUCGAGACGAUCCAUCUGAUUUCUGUUAUCCAGUACAAUUCGAUGACUCGUCGUGGGUUUUGAAAGUGGAAGUUUUUAUAAUUUUGUAUAGCUUUCUGAUCCUUUGCCUUGUAUGAUAAGAGUUACAACACCCCCGAGAUCGGUCUUGAUUUCUUUUUAACUCUAGAGUAUCUGGAGAUUGGCAACAAUGUCUGAGCUCAAAGAGAGUUUGCUUCCUCCAAGACCUGCUUCAGCUAUUAACCUUAGAGGGGAUGCAGCAGCUUCUCGUCCUUCUCCAUCAGGGAGACAACCUCUCCUUGGACUUGAUGUUUUGGGUCUCAAGAAGCGUGGCCAAGGCCUCAAGUCUUGGAUCCGUGUUGAUACUUUUGCCAAUUCCCAGCUCAUUGAGGUCGAUAAGUUCACUAUGAUGCGUAGAUGUGAUUUGCCUGCUCGUGAUUUAAGGCUCCUUGAUCCUUUGUUUGUCUACCCCUCCACUAUCCUUGGCAGAGAGAAGGCUAUUGUUGUUAACUUGGAGCAGAUCCGUUGUAUCAUUACUGCUGAUGAGGUUUUGCUCUUGAAUUCCCUUGACAACUAUGUGCUUCGGUAUGUUGUUGAGCUGCAGCAGAGGCUAAAGGCAAGUUCUGUUACUGGGGUUUGGAAUCAGGACACUCUUGAAUUCAGCAGGAGGAGUAGGAGUAGGAGUUUAGACAAUGUCUUUCAGAACUCAUCCCCUGAUUAUUUACCUUUCGAGUUUAGGGCUCUUGAAGUUGCCCUUGAAGCUGCUUGUACCUUCCUUGAUUCCCAGGCUUCAGAGUUAGAGAUUGAGGCAUACCCAUUAUUGGAUGAGCUUACCUCAAAGAUCAGUACUUUAAACUUGGAGCGUGCGCGUAGACUAAAGAGCAGACUUGUAGCAUUGACGAGAAGAGUUCAAAAGGUUCGGGAUGAGAUUGAACAGCUAAUGGACGAUGAUGGGGAUAUGGCGGAAAUGUACCUAACAGAGAAGAAGAAGAGAAUGGAAGGAUCUUUAUAUGGUGAUCAGUCUUUACCUGUUUACAGAUCGAAUGAUUGUGUUUCUCUGUCUGCGCCAGUUUCUCCUGUUUCUUCUCCUCCUGAGACCCGUAGACUUGAGAAAAGCUUGAGCGUUGUAAGGAGCCGGCAUGACAGUGCUAGGAGCUCAGAAGGUGCAACCGAGAAUAUAGAGGAGCUAGAGAUGUUGCUGGAAGCAUACUUUGUUGUCAUCGAUAGCACUCUCAACAAGCUAACCUCGUUAAAGGAGUACAUUGAUGAUACCGAGGAUUUCAUCAGCAUACAAUUGGAUAACGUACGGAAUCAGCUGAUCCAAUUCGAGCUGCUGCUAACUACUGCGACAUUCGUUGUAGCCAUCUUUGGGGUUGUAGCAGGGAUCUUUGGGAUGAAUUUUGAAAUAGAUUUCUUUGAAAAGCCAGGUGCUUUCAAAUGGGUUUUGACCAUCACUGGAGUGUGCGGCCUUCUCAUAUUUUUGGCAUUCGUCUGGUUCUACAAACGUAGAAGACUCAUGCCUCUGUGAAGACAUAAUAACUGCCCUGACACGUAGACGAUUGUGUUUACUGUUUAUGUUACUUAAAUUAAUACAUUAAUCGUCUGUGACCUUUUUAUAUAAAGAUGAAACAGUGUCAUUAAGGAUGAAAUACAAAUUACUUGAAGCA